UGUGAGUGGGGUGCACGCGCACGUGUGCGAGCCCUCUCACAAAGUCCUUCGCCUCUAUAGUAGAAACAUAUCCGCCAUUCUCCACACAACAUGGCUCCCCGCGAAACUACAUAUGGUAUCGUUGUUGAUGCAAAUCCCCCAGCCUAUCCAGGCGGUAUCGUCGAGGUGCACCACCACCAUCACCACACACUCUGCGCCCGCAAUGCACGUUAUUCUGCAUUCUGCAGAAUCCUCCUCGUAGUCAUCCUCGUGUUCUUCAUCAUUGCUUCCUUCGGCAUCGUCACAUUCGUUGCGUGGAACUUUCACGAGGUUGCUGAGUGCGAAAAGCACCGGCUGCCUUGGGAGAAGCCUUGCAAAGACUGGCUGGGCAAAGACUUGAAGGAUUGGCUAGGUCGAAGCUCAUUUGUAUGAGCUUGAUCACAAGCAUUCGAGCGAGAAUAACUCCUGAUACGAAGUCAAAGCGUAGCAUCCUCGGUCUUGAGGGCGUUUGAUACGGGAAGAGCGCAGCGUCCAUGAGCUUCCAAGAAUCUCGAACAUCUGUACUCUAUGUCGCAAGGCGCCUAAACAUGAACUCUUAAUUUUAUAUGUACCAUCAAUGAAGAUGUGAGGCUUUUGUUGUCGAUGGUUGGAAAGUCGUGUGAGGCCCUCCCUGGUUAGUCGAAAUCAAAAGCUCUAGGGUUAAACUU